UCAUGUACCCAUUCAUCACAGCGUGGUGCUGUGACGGAUGGAGGAGCACGUGGCAUGGAUGAUGAGGUCACCUGGAGCGGAGUUACACGAGAGGAACGAGCGAAGAACACCGUGGGGUCCUCUACAGGCCAUGCUAACAGAGAGCCAACUCAAACAUGAAGCAGACCAGACUUCUUCCUCAAUCCAAGAGUGUUUGAGGCUGUUAGAAGAAACGUUUCCCUUGACAGAAGAACAACAGUUACAUGAUGUUGAGGGUAGAAGGGAAGACCUGGAGCAUCAGUCACCAGGCAGAGAGCCCUUGCUGUCCCAAAUUAACCACCAUGGUAACCCUCUCUUGGAAAUGGAGCUCGACUGGCAGGACCUGUUGGCUAUCAUGGAGCCUGAGAACACAGAGGUUGACAUGACCCAGCAUUCAAGAGCAACUGGGACCCUUCAAGGUGUUGGGUGUGAGGAUCUAAACCAAAACUGUAACAACCAUGGCAGAAGAGUUACAGAGGCUGAUCAGGAGGUCCUUUUAAUGGAUACUCCCCGGCAGCAUGGUUUGUUGCGGUCUCCAGCCCUGCUCGCCCUCACUCCUAGUGCGGAGUUGGAUGACCAUAGUUCUGCCGUCAACACAAGGGGAACUUUGACAAGCUCUAACGUGAAUCCCUCACAAGGUCUUCCAAACCACACACACCUGCUUGCUAAAGAUCCUUCAGAAGACUUCGGUAUGGGCCUAAAUACAGAAGAUGGCACAACUACCUUCAACAUGAAUCUGCUAACACAAGGUCUUGACGAUACCAUAGGAGGCGGUCCAUGCCCCUCCUCUGAGAGCCGGCCUAGCUUUGAUGCCACUUUUCAUUCACGUGACUUGCCACUUUCCAGGUUGACCCCAUCUUCUGAGGGAAAUGGUAUGAUUGAAGACCUGCUGACCUCUCCCUCCAGUGUCUUUCUGGUUGACGAAGAGGAGAAUAUUGCCAAUGAAGAUGGUCUCCUUAGCCCACUCAGUGACUUCUUAGAGGAUGCGGCCAUCUUGGAUGAGAUGAGACUGCUGGACCUGGCUCUGGAGGAUGGAUUCAGUCCUGAGAUGGCAACCAGACUGAAAGAGGAGGGUUUCCUUGACAGUAGAAUGGCUGAACAGGACACGGUCGAAAAGGAUGAAGACUCAAACUCUGUAACACCGGCUACAGAAGAUCAGGGUCAAUCAACAAUACAUCUGAAAGAUGAAGAGGAGGAGGAAGGCUCAGAUUCUGGCCUUUCUCUGGACUUUAGCCACAGCCCUGCUUCUCAAUGUGCUUCUGAAGCCUCCUCUUAUUCCUCUUCCUCAACCUCGUCUUCCUCUUGUGUGUCGGCUGUUGAAAGUCCCUUCUCUGAAGAGGGAGACGAAGAAGGUGAAGAAGAUUCAGUUGGUUCAGAAAUGGAAAUGGAGGUCACCAUAAAGCAGGAGGAUCUAGAAGAGGAAGAGAUGGGGGCAGUAGGAGGAGGUUACCCUGAAGAUUUUAAGAAUCCCUUUCUUCCCACCUUUGGGGAUCACAAGCUUUACAAUGGCUUUUUUCUGGAGAAUAUCGGCCAUGAUCACACGUACAACCAGCCAUUGUCUUCCGACUCUUCUCCGUCCCUUGGAAAGAUGCCCACCAAGCACACCAAGUCCUCCUCGCGACACGACAACGCCAAGCCUUACCAUCGCUCCUCUUCCAGACGCAUUACUGAGAGCAGAAUGUGGAGCCGGGAUGAACGGCGAGCACGAGUCGGAAAGCUCCCCUUCUCCAACGAACUGAUUGUUAAUCUGCCUGUGGAGGAGUUCAAUGACCUUCUGGCCAAUUACCAACUCAGCGAGGAGCAGCUCAUACUCGUCCGGGACAUCCGACGCCGCGGAAAGAACAAGAUCGCUGCCCAGAACUGUAGGAAGAGGAGACUGGAUGUGCUGCUGGAACUAAAAGACAACGUGUCAGGUUUGAGGCGCUACCGUUCACGGCUGCUCCGAGAGAAACAGGAAGCCAUGAGGAACCUGCAGGAAAUGAAACGCCGGCUGAGCACGUUGUACCAGGAUGUCCUUUCCACGCUGAGGGACGAUGAGGGGAUGCCGUUAAACUCUAUGGAGUACCUGCUUCAGUUCGAGUCCAACGGUAGUGUCACCAUAGCUUCACGGACAAAACCCAGCAAGAAACAGAGGGACAAGAAAAAGUGAGGAGGUGGAAAAUCAAGACAUUCUGGACAUUAACGGGAGUGUUAUAUAACCACAAAAAAAGCAGGAACAAUGGUGGAUUGGUAGAAAGAGGAAGUCAGAGUUAUUUGAAGGAGGUUGUUUCAGAGUGAUGUUUACGGUGAAAAGAAAAUAUGUUGAUCUCCAUUCUCCAACAUUUUAUACACUGGAAUACACUGGAAUUCAACCAUUGUCAACGACUCUGAGGAGAGUCUAGGCUUCUGAAUAAUGGAAACAAGCGAUAGUAGAUGAUCUGGGACCAGUCCUUUAAAACGCUAGCUAAAAACCUAGGCACAAUCCUUCUGGAAGCUACUGGGUUGAAUAAGGCUGAUAGCAGGCAGGAUCCCGGCUGUCAGCCAAUAUAGCCAGUAACCAUGACACGACAAUGACCCUGGCCCACCAAGGAAGGGGGGGGACUAGCACACAGAAAGGGAAGUUGUGGUCAUGCCAUCUUGGGCUGAUAGGGGCCACAUGUCACACAAAGACACUUUAGCAGGUUGUAGAGUCAUGGGGAUCGAACAUUUCGAGUGUAAGGAUGGUAACAUAACCAAAGACCAUCCUGCUGCCAAAAAGGUAACACUUAAAGACUUUAAGUGCCAUCACCUGCAGAAGUAUUUCAAAUUAUGAGAAGAAAUCUGCCACCUUUUCUGGAUUUCUUGCAAUGACGUGAGUUAAGACUACAAUUCUGUAAAUUAGCAUUUGUUUUAAGAGUGCUAAUACUAGGACUUGCCUGACUGAGAAUAUCAAGACAAUUCAUAUAUUCAAGCUCAAAUGUUGUGAAUAUGGCACCUGGCCUGAAAAACACCAGUCAUCCUAUACACCAGGAUGUUCUGAAUAUAAGAAACUGACUGGGGCGUGACCCAAAGGGAUACACUGUUUUGCUUCUAUUGUUAAGAUGGAUUUACCUGUGCCUUUAACACGUUUUUAUUAGGGCUGUCAACAUUAACGCUCAGGAAAAUUCUGGAAAACUUCAAACGUUAAGAAAAACACAAACAUUACAAUUCAAUGCAAUCGGCACAAGCUACAUGUUUUAGAUGAAGCACUCGUUUGCUAUUAGUGUGGUGAAAACUGAGGAAAGGUAUUUUACUGAAGCAAGCGCAAGUCGGUUUUAAAAAGUUGCACAGGAGACGUGAGGGAGCGGACGCGUUCACCACUGUGGGAACAGAUGGAGCUUGCAGCAGAGAUAAUGCCCUGUGGAGCAAACAUCAUACAGAGGGCGAUCACAGCGGUCCAUGCUUUAGCUUCGUGUGGGAAAAUCGUCAAAGUUCAUUGUCAAAACUAAACUGAGAUGUUGUUAUAGAGUGAAAAAUCCACUGAUGUAUUUUACAAAUUUGUCACGUCUUUUUUUUUUUUUAAACAUGAUUUUUAUGUAUUUUUUUUUAAUCUACCCCAUAAUACUAUACAAGUAUUGUAUUUGUAUGAUUAUUAAUGACAGAUUAUAAUGAUUCAAAUGUUAAAUCUAUUGACACCACUUUUUUUUUUAAUGUAAUUCAACACCUAUGUGACUAUGAACCUGUGGAAAUCUUAUUGCCUGCUUCCAACUAAAGGGGGGGGGGGGGGGACCUGUUCUCCAAAUGUUGCUCAAGAGCAGGCCCACCUCACAUUACCUAUUUUCAAAUCACAGGAUCAGAAACUGUAAUAGCUCUUGGUAGAUAUAUAGGACAGGGGUACAACAGUACAACUUGUUAAGCUGUUAAUGGAUAAGAUCGGUCGAUCCAAAUGAAUGUCAAAUAAUCAAAUUACGUGCCUUUAAUUGAUGCUGUAAAAAUGAUAGUACCUCUAGAUUCCAACAUUUUCCUGCUCCAAACUCUAGGCUUAUUUGUGAAAUAGGAUGUCCCCAUCUAGUGGUUGUGCACACAGCUGACAAAAUCCUUAACGGAACAAUCUGUGAAAGGAAUUAAUCAUGUCAAUACUUGAUGCAAAAACAACAACAAAAAAUACCUGAAAAUACAGUAUUCUAGGUUGUAGCGAGUCUUCUGUUCAAAAGUAGUAGUUUGGAUAAAAGUAAUGCAAGUGAUAAAUGAUUGUGUUAUUGAAAAGCAAAUAUAUAAUGCCUCAGGGACAAGCAUGGCUGGCAGAACAUGACUUUGUAGCAGCUAACAAAUGUCUAAUAUUUAACGUUGCUGGAUUUGGUUUAGGCGGUUGUUUUACCCGUGUCUUGCAGAUAUGGAAAGGAAACCAACUAAACCUGUCUGAUGUCGUUUUAAAAAUGUAUAAAAAGUUAAACCAAUAAUAAGCUGCAUGUCUAUCACUAGCACUGAUGGAACACAAUAGUUUUUUUCAUUUAUUUUAUUGUAUUCAAGAAUGUUGGAUUGUUGUCUUUUGCAAUAUUAAAAAAGACAAAAAAAAC